AUGGUUCUAACUGCAAGAAGUGCGACAAGCAAUGGAUUGUCGAACGAGAGCCUCUCCACAACCCUGCACCCGAAAAUUCAUUACGGGACGAUCGGCUCGGCGCACGCCGUGGUCAAGGAUACGGCUCUGCGGGAGAAGCUGAGACAAACCUUAGCGCUCAAGGGAGUGGAAAUGGAGGCGGCGGGAUUGAUGGACUCCUUUGCCUAUCUCGUGAUUCGAGGCAUCUCUAACUAUGUGGACUCGCGCAAGAAGUUCAUCGGACUGGCAUCCAUCAUGGCCAGUAAGGCUACCGGCCUCCUCUUGGGCCUCCGAGGACUCGCUCAAAUCCAGGAAAAGUACGCUACUCUCUUUGAUUGGACAAGGGACGACGACACUCGCCACGAUCUCGAACAGAAACUGUUCCAACACAUGUUCGAUGUGACGGGUUGA